CUACAAAUCAAAGCAAAUCCAAAAUUGUGCAGAGGCCAAUGAAAGUAUUGCAAAGAAGUUUAAAGCCUAUGAUAACUUCAUCAAGUGACAUUAAAUGUGAACCAAUUAGUGUUGAUCAGCAACUUAGUAGUGUUCAACCAAAGGAAGAGAUUAAAUUUUCUCCUGAUAUUUGUAAAAAUGAAUUUCCUAAUCCAACAACUAUCUCUUCUAAAGACUAUGCACAACAAAAUUAUCAAACUCAAUAUUCGAUGAAAAACAGUACAUCACAGCAAUUUUGUCAACAGACCUACCAAAUGCCUCAAAAUCAGCAUUAUGGUAACUCUGCUCAGUUUAUGUCUCAAAAUAAUUCACUUCUUACGACUCAGAAUAAAACACCAACAUUACAUUUUUCUCAAUCCGCUACUCAGCAGUAUGGGCAAUCUCAGAAUCAGUGCACCUCAGAAAACCCUGACACAUUUUCUCAGACAAGUUCUCAAUUUCCUGUUCCUGCAAAUAUUGAAGAAAAUUCUACUUGUCCAUCCAAUUCCCUAUCACAAGGAAAAUCACAACCAAGUAAUUCAAACUAUUCUCAAGAGUCUGAUGUUCAAAAAACAUAUGGGCAAAAUCAAUCUCAAGCUCAAUUUCCAAGUCAGCAAAGCACUCAAGAUAUUAAUUUCCCUUUAUCUCCCCCAUCUUCUAGCCAAAAAUGUAUUAAUCAACCUUCUCAGUUGUAUUCACAGCAACAAAGUUUUUCUUCAAAACAACAACAGAAUUUUGAACAACAGUCUUUGCAAUAUCAAAAUUCUAGUUCUAAAAAUGUUUCACAACAUCCAUAUUCCCAAAUGUCUCAUACUUCAGAGAAAACAAACUCUCAAUUUUCUCCACAAAAUGUAUUUCAACAAUCUCCUCCUCAUUCUCAGUUUACUCAAACUCAGAAUUCUGGUCAAUAUUCUCAGCAGUCAUCCACAUCUGAUUCUCAACAGUUUUCUCAACCGUUUUCUCAGUCUACGCCUGAGAAUCAAUUUUCUCAACCUACUUCCACUCCACAGCAAUCUCCUACUCAACCUAAAUUUUCACAGUCUUCUCCAAAUCAGAUUUAUAAUCAAACGUUUUCUCAACAGAAUACUGAAUAUUCGGUUUCGCAAUUACAGUAUCAACAGCAAAACAAUCAAUCGUUUCCACCUCCGCAAAGUCCUCAAACUAACUUUAAUCAAAAUUCUCAAACUUUUCCGGAGUCUUCUCAACAUUAUUCAGAUCAAUCUUUGCAGCAGUUUUCACAAACUAAUUAUUCCCAACCUUAUGCACAAACUGGGCAGCAGUUUCAACAACAAAAUACUGGAUUGCAAAAUUUUCCUCCUACAUCUCAACAAAAUAAUGCGCAGAAUUUUUCAUCAACAUCUGUACAAAAUACUGGUCAACAAAACUUUACGUCCUCUGGACAAGCAGGUUUUUCUUCAUCUCAACAGAAUUAUUCAGCCUCUCAACAAGCUACUGGACAAAAGUUUAAUUCACCAUCUCAACAAAAUACUGAACAGAAUUUUGCCACUCCAACCCCAACCUAUUCUCAUCUUUCAUCCCCAGUAGGAAAAGCUGGUAAUAAGCAAGACCAUUCCUUUGCUCUUCAGCCUUCAAACAAUUUGCAGUUUUCUCCUUCUUCCUCUAAAAAAUUGUGUAAAUCUCCUACUCCUGGUAGUAGUGCUCAACAAAAAUUCACCCAACAAAUGUCAUUUACUUCUCAAAAGCAAACUGACUCACAAUAUUCCCAGCAAGGGAAUUCUUUUUGUUCCCAGUCUCAGAAUGAUGAUCAAUCAUUUUCACAAAAUUCACAAGCUUCUUUUCAGUAUCCACCUCAAGUAACUAAUAAUGUACCUCAAUAUGGCCAAGCAGCUAAGCCAUAUCCUGGAUAUAGCCAAACAUCUCCUCAAUAUAGUCAAUCUGGUAAUCAAACUGGACAAUAUAAUCAACCAACACAAUAUGGACAGCAAGCUGCUCAGUCUUCACAAUUUUCUCAGCAAUCUAACUCUCAACUUUCUGCAAAAUCCCAACAAUAUUCCCAAGCUACAUCAAGUGAUAUAUUCUCUCCAGCAUCAAAUACUACUCAAUUCAACCAGAAUGUUCAACCUUAUUCCCAGGUAUCUCAAACUGCUCAACCAUCUCAAAAUAUUUCUCAGUUUGGACAACAGCCUGUUUGUCCUCAAAAGUCUUCACAAAUUUCUCAGUAUCCUCCGCAAGUCCAACAAUCUACUCAACAAUUCUCCCAAAAUUCUGGGCAAACUCAGCAAUGUCAACAAACUCAGUCAUCUCCUCAGUAUUCUCAACAGCAUAAUCAAAAUAGUCAGGAAAAUUCUCAACAUUCUGGUAUUAACUCUCAGUCAUUUUCUCAUCAAUCUUCUCAAGACUUUAGCCAACAAUCUUCACAUUCACAGCAGUUUAAUCAUCCAACUCAACAAUUUAAUCAACAGAAUUUGCAGUCUUCUCAAAUAAAUCAAACUCAACAAUUUUCUCAGCAACCCAUUCAAACAACCCAGUCUUUCUCGCACCAAAUUAGUUCAAAUACUUUAACUUAUAAGCAGUCAUCUCACCAAUUCAAUCAGCAAUCUUCACAACAAACUCAACUUAAUCAACCAACUAGCCAUUCAACUCAGUCAUAUUCUCAAAAAACUCACGUUGGCCAAUAUUCUCAACAAACAAGCCAGUCUUCUCAGUUUCAACAACCUUCUCUACAAUUUAGUCAACAAGUUCAGUCUCCACAACAAUUUUCACAACCAUCACUUUCCCCUCAGCAAUUUUCACAACAGCCUGCACAGUCACCCCAACAGUUUACUCAGCAAUCUAACUCAUCACCCCAGUUUUCUCAACAGUCUAAUCAAUCUCCACAGCAACCAAAUCCAACAUCCCAGCAAUUUGGGCAGCAAUCUAUCCACUCUCCUCAACAGUAUAAUCAACCAACACCUUCCCCUCAACAAUUAGGACAUCAACCAGCACCAUCACCUCACCAAUUUGUCCAACAACCUGCUCCAUCACCACAGCAGUUUGGGCAACAACCAACUCCAUCACCUCAGCAAUUUGGGCAACCAAUACCCUCACCUCAACAGUAUGGGCAGCAGCCUGCACCGUCACCGCAGCAGUAUGGGCAGCAGCCUGCUCCAUCCCCUCAACAAUAUGGACAACAGCCUGCUCCAUCACCUCAGCAGUAUGGACAACAACCUACUCCAUCUCCACAGCAGUAUGGACAACAGCCUGUACCAUCACCUCAACAGUAUGGACAGCAACCUACACCAUCUCCUCAGCAAUAUGGACAACAACCAGUUCCAUCACCUCAACAGUUUGCCCAACAACCACCUCCAUCCCCACAACAAUAUGGGCAACAGUCUACUCCAUCGUCUCAGCAGUAUGGGCAGCAAUCAACAUCUUCACAGCAGUAUGGGCAGCAACCAGCAGCUUCUCCUCAACAAUAUGCGCAACAACCAACAGCAUCUCCUCAACAGUAUGGGCAGCAGCCAUUAUUGUCACCCCAACAAUUUGGGCAACAGGCUUCAUCCUCACAAUAUGGACAGCAGUCUGCAUCUUCUCAAUAUGGACAGCAGUCUGCAUCUUCUCAAUAUGGACAGCAGUCUGUUUCUUCACAGUAUGGGCAGCAACCCAAUUCUUCUCAAUAUGGACAGAAACCUGUUUCGUCUCCACAAUUUGGGCAGCAAUCAUCUUCUCAACAAUUUGGUCAGCUGUCUCUUCCAUCAUCUCAGUUUGAUCAACAAUCAGCUCAAUCUCCUAAAUUCCCACAGCAAGCAACAUCUGGAACACAACAAUUUUCUCAGCAAGUUAAUACAUCGCCACAACAGUAUUCACCUCAGACAACAGCUACACCACAAUUUCCUCAGUCAUCACAGCAAUAUGGGGCACACAAUGCACAACAAACUUCACAGACGACUGCACAAUUUUCUCAACCUACUCAAAAUUCAGCAUCAGAAACUUAUAACCAACAAUCGCUGCAUUCAGGUCAGUCUUCUCAGUUUCAAAUGCAGCAACAACCUCAGCAGUUUUCCGGCUCAUUUCCUCAAAUAUCAAGUCAAGCAUCUAAGAAUAGUUUCCAGUCAGAAUAUCAAAAUCAAUUGCAAGCAAAUUUUCCUAUCCAACAAGGAUUGCCUGGUCAAAAUGUUAAUCAACAAACAGUUAAACAAUCAUCUCGAGGUGGUAAAGCCAAGCAAGGCCGGGGAAAAGCUUGUCAGCCUCUGUUGUCUCAUACUUCCUUACAACAUUCUGUGAAACAACCACCAUCAUUUUCAGUUCAAGCUUUUCAGAAUAACUCUGUAUCCACUCCACAGCGCCAAGCUAAAUCCCAAAACAUGAAAUCUAUCCAAUGUGCUAAUAAUAGUUCUUCCUUUCAACCUCUGGAUACCUCAAUAAUUAAUCAAGAUAAUUUUACUUUGCAACAUAUUAAGCAAGAUUCUCCUGGGUCAUUUUCAGCAAAAUGCUCUAAAGCAGUUCUACAAGUAAAACCACAAAUAAUGUGUACAGACUCUGUGCAAAAUUCUCAAAGUAAAGAUUCUAUGCAGCUGGAAAAUGAAACACAAAACUCAACUAAUUCAGAUGUGAUGCCUUACAGAGAUAAAAUGGACUCUUCUAUUAAUUAUGAAUGGGCAAUUCCUAUAAUGAAAGAUUAUGUUCUUGGAGUUUUGGAAAACAGUCAUAAAAUGAUGGUUCUUUUUGUCAUAAUUGCUGAAACAUUACACAUGGGUGACAAAUUGCUAGUCUUUAGCCAAUCACUUUCAACUUUAGAUUUGUUGGAGCAUUUUCUAGGAAAAAUACAAGUACCACCAAAACCAGGCCAAAUUGAAGAAAUCACUACCGAAACAUGGUGCCGAAAUAAAAACUAUUUUCGAUUAGAUGGCAGCACUUCUGCUCAAGAAAGAGAAAAACUUAUAAAUGAAUUUAACCGAAAUGAUAGUGUUUCACUAUUUCUUCUAUCUACAAGAGCUGGAUGUCUUGGCAUCAACUUAGUUGGUGCAAAUCGCAUUGUGGUUAUGGAUGCUUCUUGGAAUCCUUGUCAUGAUGCUCAGGCUGUCUGUCGUAUAUACCGUUAUGGGCAGAAGAAGCAGUGUCAUAUCUACCGCCUGGUUACUGACAACAGCUUAGAAAAAAGAAUAUAUGACCGACAAGUGAAUAAACAAGGAAUGUCAGAUAGAGUUGUUGAUGAAUUAAACCCAGAAAGCAACUUUACUUGGAAAGAUGUCACUACUCUUAUUCAGGAUGAUGAAGAUGAUGGUCCUGUUCAAGAACUCUCAAAAUUUUCAACCUCUUAUUCAGACAAAGUUCUAAAGUACUUAGUAUCAGAAAUGAGUGCUAGUUUAAGUAAAGAACCUUUUGAACAUGAGUCUUUGCUAUUGGAUCGUAAAGAUUUAAAACUUACCAAACAAGAGAAACGGCUUGCAAAACAAAGCUAUGAAAUGGCAAAGCGUGCAAAUAUGAUUAACAUUCGAACUACCUAUACAUAUCUUCCAUCUGGUUCUGCUGGUGGUGGUCAAUUUAUCAUCAACAAUAAGCAAUGUCAGUGGGUUGGUGGUACAACAAUUCGAGUUUUGCCUAAUCAGGCUACUAGUGGAAAUACCCGCUCGGGUACAACUGCAACUCCAAUUACUGCUUCACCAUCAUUGAUGAGUAGUUUGUUUAAGCAAGGUGUUAUGGUUCAAAAACUUACAAUGCCUUCUAAUGUAAGCAUUCCUGUUUUGACUCCUGGAGCACCACCUGUUGUCAUACCUGCAGGUCAGGAUGUACUUGUACUGAGAACUCCGAAAGGCGUUUAUCUCAGACUGCCAGAUGGCCGUAUAAUUGCUGUACAAUUGCCGCCUAGUUUACUUGCUAAAACUCAGUUCAGACCAAAUGUCGUCACUCAUUUCAGGCCUGCAAAUCCCAAAGGUGGAAAUGCUUCCCCUACAGUGAUAAAUACUCCUCGAGGACAAAGCAUUGGUGUAAGUUGUUAAUUAUUAUUAUAACAGGGUGGCAAUCUGAAAGAGUUCAAAAACUCCAUAACAAUUCCCAAAAUCAAGAAAAGUAUUUACAGUAGAGCCUAAAUUAUCCAAUGUAAUUUGAACCAAAUGUAGUGAAACUCUCCACUAUUA